GAAAUAAAAUGAACGGGGUCACGGUAGCAGCCAAGAUCAUCGAACUCAGAGACACAGACGACCUCAAUGAUUUCCGGGUGGAGAUUGACAUCCUGACAGAAUGCAAGCAUCCAAAUAUUGUCGGUCUGGAGGAGACGUUUCUUCACCAGUCCAAAUUAUGGAUGAUGAUCGAGUUCUGCGAAGGUGGUGCCCUGGAUGAUAUAGUCCUAGAGCUGGAGAAACCGUUGACGGAGGCACAGAUCAAAGUCGUUUGCAGGCAAACGCUGGAAGCUCUUGUCUACCUCCAUGAACACAACAUCAUCCACAGGGAUCUCAAGGCUGGCAACAUCCUACUCACAAUGGAUGGGAAUGUCAGAUUAGCUGAUUUUGGAGUUUCCGCCAAGAAUUCAUCACCGCAGCAGAGAAGAGAUUCAUUCAUUGGAACACCAUACUGGAUGGCGCCAGAAGUCGUCAUAUGCGAGACGCUGAAGGACAACCCGUACGACUACAAGGCAGAUAUAUGGUCGUUGGGUAUCACGCUAAUAGAACUGGCAGAGACGGAACCCCCUUACCAUGAUUUGAACCCUAUGAGGGUGCUUAUUAAGAUCCCCAAGGCAUCACCACCAAGCCUACAGUACAAGAAAAGAUGGUAAGAAUAUCAUUGAUAGUCAGUUUGUUUGCUUGUUUGAUUGAAUUGGGUGAUGAGUGGCAAAUUUCGGUGAAUGGAUUUCCUGACGGUCUCAAGUGCAUCAUCACCAAGCUUACAUUGUAAGAAAAGAUGGCAAGACUAUCAUUAGUUAAUUUGUUUGCUUGUUUGAUUGAAUUUAUUUCUGGGUACCCAUUUACUACUACAACUGGGUGGAGAGUGGCACAUGUAGAUUAAAUGCAUUACCAACGGUCUUAAAAUGCAUCACCACCAAGCUUACAUUAUAAGAAAAGAUGUUAAGACUAUCAUUAGUCAGUUUGUUUGCUUGUUUGAUUGAAUUUAUUUCUGGUUACCCAUGUACUACACCUGGGUGGAGAGUGGCAAAUGUAGAUAAAUGCAUUACAGAUAGUCUCAAGUGCAUCAUCACCAAGCUUACAUUAUCAGAUAAAAUGGUAAGAAUAUCGUUAGUUUGUUUGCUUGUUUGGAUGAAUUACUUUCUUUCAUUUACUACACCUGGGUGAAGAGUGGCAAAUGUAAAUAAAUGAAUUGCAUAUAGUCUCAAGUGCAUCAUCACCAAGCUUACAUUAAAAGAAAAGAUGGUAAGAAUAUUGUCAGUCAGUUUAUUUGCUUGUUUGAAUUAAUUUCUGGGUACCCAUUUUUACACCUGGGUGAAGAGUGCAAAUUUAGAUGAAUAAAUUUCCUGAUGGUCUCAAGUGCAUCACUGUGAUAUCAAGCCUACAGUAUAUGAAGAGAUGGUAAAAAUGUAAUUAGUCAAUUUGUUUGAUUGAAUUUAUUUCUGGGUACCCAUUUACUGCACUUGGGUGAAGAGUGGUAAAUGCCUUGUUGACUGUCUCAAGUGCAGUUGCAUUAUUUGAACCCCGGACCUGAAGUCUUCGAUAUUUAUCCACUGAGACACAACACCCCUACAAGGUUCUCUAAAAUCCUCCCUCAAAUUUUCAGAGAUUGAUUUUGGAUACCUGUUAAUAGUAUUAUAGGAGGCACGAUAGCUCAGUCGGUAGAGCGGGGGUUUCAGAUUCCGGUGACCCGGGUUUGAUUCCCACUUGGUGCGCUAGUGCCCUUUUGGUAAGGCAUUAAUCUUCAUUACCAGGUUCCUCAGAGAGGACUUUAAGCCGUCAGUCUUCUGGUUGCUUCUUUACAAGCAUUCCAGCUUUCACCAAUCAGUUAAAAAAUCACCACAAUUUACCAAUAGUCACGCUAUGUGCGAAUGCCCUUUUUUCAACAAAUAAUGUCUCAUUUGAUACAUGGACUCAUGUAUCUCUAAUGUCUUAUGUCCUACAUUCUCUUUGUUACACUGUAUAAACAGGAAAUAAGGACCCUCAUUGAUCCACUCUCAGAUUCGUCUACAUGCACAUGUAGUUUCAGAACCAAGACAAAAUUGAUAGUCAUACCCAUUAUUGAUUGGCAAUUGUCAACCACUAGGGGGCGCUACACCUUUAUACAAGGACAGUUCAAUGCCAUAAUCAUUGAACAUGAAUGAUUUGAAGUUUUAUUUUGAUAGUUUAUACCAUUUUCAAUGUGUUUGUUUCUUCUUCUUGAGAGCAAUAUUGUGUUGAAACGGGCAUUCUCCUCUUCUGUUUCUCACCCUUUGGACCCCUCUUACAUCAUCCAUACAUGAAAUCAACAUUCUAGAACCUGUAAGACAAAUUUGCCUUUGCCCAACGAUCUGUACCUGAAUGGAAUAAACUCCCUUUCCAAAUAGUUAAUGCAGUCUCGCUUGACAGCUUUCAAAAGCUUCUGCAAAAUCACCUUGAAAAUAUUCCUCACUCCUCCUCAUAACUGUGCGUCCAAGUUUCAGUUCAUCUUCGUGAUAGGCUGCAGAGCCCUUUGAAGAUUACAGCAGAUGAUGAUGAUGAUGAUGAUGAAGAGUCACAUUUUUGGCCAGUCAUCAAAAUGCUUGAUUUUUAAGUACAUGUAGUUGAUGUCAAGAUUGCUACCCAAGUGGUAGCAUGUGUGAAUACAUAAUGAUUCUGAUGGAAAACGUGUAAUGGCCUGACUGCUGAAAUAUUAAAUUGU